UAAUUUGUCUAUUGGCGUCUUAUCUGUGAUUUCCAUGAUUCAUAACCCCAGAUCCCUAUUUAGAAUUCCAUUUUGUUAAAUUUCGCCCCUUGUGUUCUAUGUUAGGACACACCAUUCUUUUACUCGGGGACCAUACACUGCUUUUCAUGAAAUGGCUCGAAAGUAAAUUUUUGUAGGUUCCUUGAUAAUCUUCGUAUGAAGACAUCUUCGUAUGCUUCUCAAAAUUUUACCAUUUUCAUAUUUAAAUGUUGAUUUCUGCUUAAACCGGUGCUAGAGGACGUGGACGGUAACUUUUCAGUUCCGCUUUUCAGUUCCGUCCAUGAACAGGCUCAAUCAAACUGAGCUCGCAACAUUUUCAAUUUCGUCGUUUUGGGCGUUCUUUAGGGAUUCUGGUUUCCAUUAUUUUACACAAUUAAGCGGGUAUUGUGGGGCACAAUCAAGUGAGUUUUUCGGAACAAAACUUUACUCAAUUAAGAGGGAUUGUCGUUCCUGCAAUUUUACAUGAGCGUUACACAUCACCAGAAUAGCUCACUUAUUAAAUUUACUCCAAUAAAUCGUGUCAAUAAUGCUUAAUUUGUCAUGUGUAGCAGAAUAUUUGUAACAGAUUACACAUUAAUUGAUUUCCUUCUUAUAGCCUCAACUUAAUUAGUUUAGUGUAUUCUUGUGCCAUGCAUUUAUAUACAUGUAAUUGUUAUAGAAACCAACUAUUUGUACAGAAGUUAACUUAGGUUAAACUGUUCUUCUUUUUCAGGUUGCAACUUGUGAUACUCAUUGUGGUUGUAGUUUUGUCUCUUCUGGCACAUUAUUGUUUAUUUACACAUCUGUAUCGCAAUCUUCGUGUAAGUGAAUCUCAGCCAAGAACUGAUUAUUAUGAUAUUGAUAGUAAAGUUGAUAAGGCGAUUAAAAGUAAAUUAGAUCAAACUGACUUUGUAAAAUGGGUAAAAAAUAAUUUGUCUGAUGAACUAAAUGAACUUAAUAUUAGUGGCAAUGUAAAACAAAAAAUACAAAACGAAUUGUAUGAUGUUGAUAUUCCCAGGAAAGUGAAAGAUUCACUUGAAUCUGAAGUUUCACAGAGAACAGAAUCAACUAAAGCUGAAAUUAUGAAGCUGUUAGAAUCAACUCAAGCUAAACUAGAUCAGGAGCAUGACAAAUUCAAUGAACUGUAUCAGGGAAAAUUAAACGAUGCUGUAAAAGAAGCUUCAAAUAUUAAGACAUUAAUUCCUAACGCAGAGGAAAUGAAUCGACUUCAGGAACAAGUUAAGGAAUUGUCCGGAAAUUAUUCUAAAAUAAUGACUAAAGAAACAAAUGAUUCAAAGAUUGGGGCAUUGCAGGUGUCUGUAGAAGAUGGGGAAAGAAAGCUAAAAGAAAUAAGAAAAGAGUUCGGGGAACUUCAGAAAAAUAUAACAAUGGCUCUUGAUGAAUAUGCGAAACAUAAAGACAAAAUUAAGGAAAUUGAAAAAAUUAAAGAAAAGCUUGAUGUCAUACAACCGAAUACGUUUAAUAAAGAAAGUUUCAUGAUGGCAUUUAUGAUUUUAACUGUUAUGGUGUGUGUGCUAGCUGUAGCCGUAUUUAAUAUAUAUCAACGUGGGAGCAGUACGGAACCUGUACAUACUAACGGACGGACACAAGCUAAACGAAACACGAAGGAUAUGGGCAGCAAUGAUGUACUACGACGGAUACCACAAAGUCCAAACCUUCAGCCGGGUGUAUGUAUCAUUAGCUAUGACGAAGCACGUACAGGAUUUCACAGGGAAUUACUCGAUUCCGCGAAUAUCCGUAAAUGUGAUGUAAAAUCUCAUGUGAUUAGAAGACAUGAACAGAUUCUAGAAUUACCGAGGUGUAAGGUCUAUCUCAUGUGUACAGAAUUUUCUGAAAGACAUGUGAUUAUUGAGGAGCCUGGUUUAGGUUUGGGAGAUCUACAUAGAACUACGUAUUAUGCUGUUAAGAAACUGGGAGGCUGUCUCAUUAUAUUGUACACUAAAGAUCCGGGAUCAAGAAAAUUGAGAAAUCAAGCAAACCAGGCGCUUUACAACACAGAUAUUUACUGUGUGAAAAAACAACAGGAACUUUCUAAUCUGGAACAAAACAAUGGAUUCUAUAGUACUUAUGAUAAACUGAGUGAGCAUCAAAAAACUGUACUGAGACAGAAAAUAGUUGACAAUAUGACCUAGAUAAUACAACGA